AUGACCGAAAAUGGAGCCCCGAAAUCAAGAGCCGAGUCGCACACGACAGCAACACAGCACCCUAGAUGGGAGUUGCAGUAUGCUGUUCAUGAGGGCAUGUAUUCCCCUCGCACUCCCUCUCCACCCCCACCACCGCAAUCCACUUCCCUCCGCCAGACAAUGACGCCGAGCCCAGACCGCAAACGAGUGCGCUGGAGUCCCGCAGUCGAAGAGUUUACAGCAGGCCAUACACGGCAGAGCUCAGCCGGGUCUGGCUCGUCCUGGAUAUCUUCCUUGCCCUCCACAAAUCGGAACGGCCCGAGUUCUCCACCACCCAUUUACAACCCGGCGGAAGCGAUACCACCGACCCCGCUCAUCUCCCAACCGAUCCCCCUUCCUGACUCCUCCGACGAAGACGACAGCGAGUCGCAACCGACCAUCAAUGUAUGUCUCAGUGAAAUGCACCUCGACCUGUCCCUCCCGUCGCGUACAUUCCGCAUCGAGCUCGGGCCGCACCAAGCCCUGCUCGACACCGAGGCCUGCGCCCCGCCGACGGACGUGCUGGUCUUGCGCGUGGACACGGGACUGCUGAAAGCCAAGUUCGAGGUGCGCUCGCGCGGGAGGGCGGGCGCGCCAGUCACGGUCGGGGACGUGCUGACCACUCUGCACGCCGAGCUGCGCAAGUCGGACGGCGGAGCCACACCGGCUGAAGUUGUGCCGUAUGCCCAGCAGCGCAUCGCGGCGGAGGGCGGAGGUGCGCGUAUCGUCGACCACUUGCUGGGGCGGACGGUGUUGGCUGGGUUGCGCCGGCAGGCCGGUCGAGGUGAUAACCAUUGGCAGGUCGAUCUGGUUUAG